AUGCCCAAGAGAAAGGCUGAAGGGGAAGCUAAAGGAGAUAAAGCCAACAUAAAAGAUGAAACACAGAGAAGAUCUUCACUGUUAUCUGGUAAACCUGCUCCUCCAAAGCCAGAGCCAAAGCCUCAAAAGGCCCCUGCAAAGAAGGGAGAGAAGUUACCCAAAGGGAAAAAGGGGAAAGCUGCUGCUGGUGAGGAUGGGAUUAACCCUGCCAAAAAUGGAGAUGCCAAAACAGACCAGGUACAGAAAGCUGAAGGUGCUGGAGAUGGCCAGUGAAGGGUGUGCAUUUUUGAUAACUGUACUUCUGGUGACUAUACAGUUUGAGAUACAGUUAGCUAGUUUUAUAAAAAUGUAGAAUUUUGUUUUUCUUU